AGAUCUUUCAUCCCAGGCAAAAAGCAUGUAUACUGAUAGACUGUAUAUUAAAAGAUUGCUCGCCCUAUUUGGAUAGAGGGUCACUAUGCAGUUCAUGAGUCAAUCGGUCGGCUGGGCUGAUAACAUUGUUCUGGCCAUGGUGCCUCUGGGAGUUAUUACCAUAAUGAUUAGCGCAAUCAGAAUCGGGGGGCCGGAUUCCUGAAAGCUCUUAUCGGCAGAGCUAGAGAGAAUCUCGCUGUUGCUGAACAAGAGUUGAUGUCGUCUACCUCAACAGAGGUCUGCGAGCUCUGGAACGGUCAUGAGGUUGUGAGAUGUAUGGGGUCGGCUCCAGUGGCAGAGUUUAUUUGCUUACUGCCAGAGUCUGGGGUGAAUGAUGGUGCUCAAGUGGAGGUAAUGCCUUUCGAUGAGGUCAAAAAACAAUACUUUGCUGACAACGAAUCCUCGGCCAAUCUCUUUCGCAAGGCAGUAUCGUUGAACUUAUCGACUUACACGGAACAAGACAAGGAGAAAUUAUCACACUCAGCCAAUACACCGAGGUCAUAUAUCAUUAUCACGCGGAAUCCACGGAAGAGCUCGCCAAAUAUCACCCUCAACUCUCAUAAUAUCACAAGCAGAGCCGAGUCACGCAUAGCAGCAAUAUGGGGGAUUGUGCUCCAGCUAGGACUUAUUGCAUGCGCUGGAUGUUCCGUACAUUAUCCAUCAUUAGGUUUUCUCAAGGAUGGAGAGCCAGUCGCCCAGUAUGCGUUCCCAUGCCAUUGGGUGGGGACGCUUCUGCUCGUUGUUGGCCUUCUCCUUUGCGGCCACGUUGUAGAAAGCAGCACUGUCGAAGAGGAAUUCCGGCCCUCUCACAAAUUGACGGCGCAGUUGGUCUGGCUACAGCAAACCAAAACCGUCAGUGAUCAGUUAUUCGACUCUUUCGCAAUCUAUGCGAAAACCAAACGGUCUUUCAUCACAACAUCGGAACGCAGGCGCAAUGAGAUUAAGCCACCAGGAUCUCACUCGAACCAUGAAGCAACACAAGAAACCGCCCCCUCAAACGAAACGCCUGGAGGCUCCUUGGAGUUGAAAACAACCAUUGGAACUGCCGUCAGUCUAAGUGGAUACAUCUUGCAGUUCGUUGGUCUGCGUGGGCUACACUGGUCAGUAUCUAUUGCACAGCUUGGUGCCAUCCUCUUGAUGGCUGGUGUAAGGGCCUGGGUUCGGCGGGGUCUUGCAAAUCCACCAGAAUCUCUUCAAACUCGGCCAGGUUUUGAACUCGAUUGGUUUGCAACGACGUUCGCAGAUAUUCUGGAUAGCCAGUGGAUACCUGGAGACCUGCGGGUAUCUAAAGCUGAGCUCAAGGCUGAAACUUGGAAGUUUGUGCGUUUGCAAGCACACAUCAAAGUAUUCGAGGACGACGUUCCGCAAACCAGCUCAACGGUUUCGACUGCACAUCGUAUUGUCAUGAUCAGGAGAGACCUGGCGCAGCUGGCAAGCUGGCAGGGGCCCGCAUCUGCGGAAGCUGUUUCUCUUGCACGAUCCAUUGAGGCUACAAUGAACAUUCUGUUCCGGGACUCGAAGCAAAGUAAUUUCGCCUGGUCUCUCGUAGCUCAUGGAGGAGAGCUCAUCUAUUUUCGCUUGAGCCGAAUAGAAGGGAAAUGGAAUGCUCAUGCAGAUGAGCUUGAAGCAGCCUUGUCGAUGUGGCUUUUCUCAGUUGAUGAACUUGAGAAGAACGAGGAGACGAACCACCAGAACAUAGUGGGAGACAACAAAGACGACAAGUGGCUGCGCGUCAAAGGGUCGCCUUCGAGUCCUGGUUUGCGCGUUCUAGGCCCGUAUACGGAGAGUUUGCAUAGAGACCUCGCGUGGUGGAUGCCCACCGAGACAACCAGGAUUUUAGGGCUGUCAAGAUUGACGAACUUCCCAGAACAUGGAAUUACUACUCAAGAUUUAUGCAAGGAAAAGUACAGAGUUGUGGGACCUGGUGGAGCUGAACUCGAUCGCCGGCGGUAUGGUGUAGAAGAAUUGCCCGAAUUCGCGAUCAGAGAGGAAACACCGAAGACUCCCCCUGCGACAGAGGGUGAUAACUCCAAUUAUGACUUCUUUGCCGCCGAGUUCCUCCGGUCCCUCGAAGUUGCUGUACGCGCAGGACAUCUUCUCGAGCUUUUUUAGGUCUGCAGCAAGGACUCUUGAAGAGCCGCUGGAAGGACCCGUUGAAACACGUCCAAAACAUGAAGCGACGGCUGAUACAAGCUGGAGGUCUUUUGUCCUCCACAAUAGCCAGCUCUCGAAGCUGGUUAAGGACGUUGAGAGCACCGGACUCGGCAGCAUCAGCGACGUUUACCUGAGCAUGAUACCCGCCCCUAGC